CAGAACAUCUGGGACCCUGGGAUGGCUGGGGGCGUGGGGUCCAGGCUCAGAGACUUCCUGAAUGGGAGUCUGGCCACCUGGGUGCAGGGCCUGGCAGGGCUGGUCGGGGAGAGACAAGAAGAGGAAGAUGAGAAGGAGGAAGAAGAGGAGCCCCUGAGCCCUGAGGGUCACUUCCUGAGACUCAGUGACGGGGCUCUGCUGCACCGGGUCAUGAGCCUCAUAGCCCCCCACUCCCGAGGGGGCUUCCGUCUGGAGGAGUUCAGGGGGGGCCCUGGGGCUCUCCGGGUGAGACGCCUGAACCACCUGCAAUCCCGACUCAGAGACUUCUACCAGGAGGAGCUGCAGCUACUGAUCUUGGUGCCGCCCCCAGACCUCCAGAUGCUGGCCUUCGAGCCCCUCUCAGAGGAGGCCAUCGAGAAGCUGGAAGAGGUCCUCAAGCUGAUGCUGGGGGCCUCCGUGCAGUGUGAGCACCGGGAGUUCUUUAUUCGGCACAUCCAGGGACUCAGCCUCGGGGUACAAAGCGAGUUGGCAGCUGCCAUCCAGGAGGUGACCCAGCCGGGGGCGGGCAUGGUGUUGGCCCUGGCAGGGCCAGAGCCAGGAGAGCUGGCCCUCCCUGAGCUCGAGCUGCUCAUCCGCAGCCACAUGGAGGCCUUAGUGAAGCUGGCCAGGGAGCGGGACCGGGCGGCCCAGCGCCUGGCAGAAAUGCUCCAGGAGCAGGAAGUGUUUUCCCUCCAGCCAGAACCCCUUGAGAGGACAUCUCAAGAAGGCCCUCACCACCACCUCACUCUACAGCUGGCAGACGCCAAGGCCCAGCUCAGGAGGCUUCGGCAAGAGCUGGAAGAGAAGGCUGAGGAGCUGCUAGACUCCCAGGGGGAAGUGCAGGGGCUGGAGGCUGAGAUCCGGAGGCUGCGGCAGGAGGCCCAGGUGCUGUCUGGCCAGGCCAGAAGGGCAACUCUGUACCGGGAGGAGGCAGAGAUGCUGCGGGAACGGGCUGGGCGCCUGCCCCGGCUGCAGGAGGAGCUGCGGAGGUGCCGGGAGAGGCUCCAUGUGGCAGAGGCUUACAAGGGCCAGCUAGAGGAGGAGCGGGCCCUUUCCGGAGCCCUGGAGGCUGCCCGAGCAUUACUCGAGGGCCAGUUGGAGGCUGCCCGGGAGCGCUGCUCUCGUCUCCACGAGACCCAGAGGGAGAACCUCUUGCUGAGGGCACGGCUUGGGGAGGCCCAAGUGGAGCUGGAAUCCACUCGACAACAGCUAGACCAGCUGGUGGAAGAGAAUGUGGAGCUGGAGGCAGAGUUGAGACGGACCCUGACGACAAGCCCCGGCUCUGUGGGGGACGCACCCCAGCCUUGCUGGGCCCCCUCCCUGCAGGACGAAGUGAGGGAAGUCGAGGUGGGCCGUCUCCGGAGCCUGGAGCAGGAGAACCGAACACUACGGGGCCGGCUUCAGGAGCUGCAGGCGGGGAGGUGCUCCCAGCCUCCCUUGACCGAGGUGGAAGAUGAAGAGUCAGAGACCUCCGAGCCAGUCUCGGCGUCCUCAGGGGGCCAAGAUGGUCCCAGGAUGAAGCCCGAGUCCCCUGGGGAUGGCCAUGGAAGAUCUCCUCCAGGCCCAGAAGGGCCUCCCUUUGAGCACUCCAGCCCCUCAGACUCGCCAGGGCCCCAACCAGAUGCCGGUGGGGAAGCCGAGAAGCCAGAGCACCCGGCUCGGAGCCUGGACUCUUUGGGCCGGACUCAGCAGCACUUGGAAGGGAACACUGUCCAAGGGGAGCUCCAAGGGAAGAGGCUGGAAGGGGAGGCCCUCCAAGAGGAAACAGAGGCUGGGGCUGGGGACCUGCAGAGGGAGGCCUGGAGUGGCCAGCAGAGUCCUUUGGAACUGAGCCCGAGGCUGGAGGGGGUGGAGGGAGAUGAGGAACAGGGAGAAACAGAGGCCCCGAGCCCUGGGCAGAGACUAGAGUGUGAGGUGAGGCCCCAGAAGGAGAGGGAGUCAGCCCAAGAGGGCAAAGCGAGGGAGGCUGAGGACUGGGAAAGGGAACAGCAGGCUUUGAAAGGGGAGAUAGAGGUUCUGAAGAGCGAGAGGGAGGCUUUGGAGAAGGAGCGGGAGUCUCUGAAGGGAGAAGUGGAGGCUGGGGAGCAGAGACUGAAGGCCCUGAAGGGGGAGCGGGAGACCCUGAGGGAAGAGUUCGAGGCCCAGGGGAGGAGGCUGGAGGCUCUGGAAAGGGAGCUCGAGAGCCUUCGGCAGGAAUGGGAGACCCUUCAGGGUGAGCUGGAGGCCCAGGGGAGGAGGCUGGAGGCCCGGGGAGAGGAAGCUGCCCGACUUGGGGAGGAAUUGGCUCAGGCUAGGAGGGCUGAGGCUGAGGCACAUUCUGAGGCUGAGGCUGAGGCUCGGGAACGAGAUGGGCUUCGGAAGGCCCUAGAGGCUGCUGGGCGAGAACUGGAGGCCGCUGGAAGAGAGAGAGAGGCUCUCACGGAGGCUCUGGGAGCUGCUGGGCGGGAACGAAGGCAGUGGGAAAGGGAGGGACCCAGGCUGAGGACCCGGGCAGAGGCGGCCGAGCAGAAGCUGCUGGACCUAGAGAGUGAAGGGAAAGCCCUGAGGGAGCUGGCCGAGAAGGAGCGGCAGGCGAUGGAGGCAAUGAAAGAGGAACUGCAGGCCGCUGGGGCCCAGAGUCAGCAGCGGCAGAGCCAGCUGGAAAGGCUGCAGCUGGAGCUGGAGAGGCUGAUCCAGGAGCGGGAAGGGCAGCUGAGGGAGCUGGAGAAACACCAGGAGAGGACGUGCCAAGCUUUGGAAAGACGUCUGGAAGAAGAGAGUCGAGCUGCCCUAGCUGCCAAGAAUGAGGAAGUGAUGGCCCUAAAGGCCAGGGUCCAGGGCCUGGAGGAGCAGCUCCAAUGCCAGGUUUCCUCAGGGCUGAAGGCAGAGGAGCCUCAUGGGCUUGGGGGAGCCAAAGAGGCCCCCUCUGCAGUGGAGAUGAUGCAGGAGACUCUGAGCGGGAGGCUCAUCAUGGUGGAACGCAGUAAUGCAGCCCUGGCCGCCGAGAAGGCUGCUUUGCAGGGACAGCUGCGGCAGCUGGAAGGACAGGUGGGGACUCUGCAAGGACGAGUCCAGGAGCUGCAGCUACAGAAUCAUCAGAGUCAGGAGUACAGCAGCCGCCUCCAGGCAGAGAAAGCCGUGCUGGAGACUCAGGGCCAAGAGCUGCGGGAAAGGCUGGGGGCUCUGGACAAGGAGGUUCGAGGGGCUCGGCAGGGGCAGGAGGAGGCGCGGGUCCAGCACCAGGCGCUGCUCCGGGACCAUGAGGCUUUGGGGCGGCUGCAGCAGAGGCAGGAGGUUGAGCUGGAGGGGCUCCUGGGCCGACAUCGGGAGGUGAAGGCCACGCUUAGGGAGCUGGAGCUGUCCCACAAGGAGCUGCAGGGCAGGCAUGAGCAGCUGCUGGCCCAAAGGGCCCAGAUGGAGGCCCAGGAGGUGGCUCUGCAGGUGGAACGGGAAAGGCUGGCCCAGGACCGGCUGCAUCAGAAGGGCUUGGAAGAGGAGCUCCGUCGGCUGCAGAGCGAGCAUGAGAGGGCCCAGGUGUCCUUGGCUGAUGCAUCCAGGGAGCGUGGGGAGCUCCAGGGGGAACGCGGUGAGCUGCGGGGCCGGCUGGCCCGGCUGGAGCUAGAGCGAGCGCAGCUGGAGGCUCAGGGCCAGGGCCUCCGGGAGGCCAACCAGAGGCUGGACCUAAGUGUCUGCCAGCUGACCACCCAGUGCCAGCUGCUGACCGAGCUGAGGGCCGCACAGGAGGAAGAGAAUCGGCAGCUGCUGGCCGAGGUUCAGGCACUGAGCCGGGAGAACCGGGGUCUCAUGGAGCGGAGCCUGGAGAGCCGGGACCACCUCCACAGAGAACAGCGGGAAUACCUGGACCAGCUCAAUGCCCUGAGACGAGAAAAGCAGAAGUUGGUGGAAAAGAUCAUGGACCAAUACCGGGUGCUGGAGCCGGGACCCCUGCCCCGGACCAAGAAAGGCAGCUGGCUGGCCGACAAAGUCAAAAAGCUGAUGAGGCACAGGAGGGAAGGCCCCCGGCCUGGGAUCGAGGGGGCUGGCAGCCUGGAGAACUUGGGAGGCCCCCUGGACGUGGAGCUCCCCGAGGCCAGAGAGGCUAACGAAGCAGGUAGCCCCUCUCCUUCCCCUUCCCAGCGGGCCACCCUGUGCCAUAAAGGUUAA